AUGAUAGCUUUGCCCUAUAAAAGGAUCUCACCACAGAUAAUCAGGAAAAGUACUUCAAGAUCUCCAACUAAAGACAUGGAUUCAGAAGAGAAGGAAAUUGUGGUUUGGGUUUGCCAAGAAGAGAAAAUCAUCUGUGGGCUAACCAAACGCACGACCUCUGCUGAUGUCAUCCAGGCUUUGCUUGAGGAACACGAGACUACAUUUGGAGAGAAGAGAUUUCUUCUGGGGAAGCCCAGUGAUUACUGCAUCAUAGAAAAGUGGAGAGGCUCUGAGCGGGUUCUUCCCCCACUAACUAGAAUCCUGAAGCUUUGGAAAGCAUGGGGAGACGAGCAGCCUAAUAUGCAGUUUGUUUUGGUUAAAGCAGAUGCUUUUCUUCCAGUUCCCUUGUGGCGGACAGCUGAAGCCAAGUUAGUACCGAAUACAGAAAAACUGUGGGAGCUCAGCCCAGCAAAUUACAUGAAGACGUUACCACCAGAUAAGCAAAAGAGAAUAGUCAGAAAAACUUUCCGUAAACUGGCUAAAAUUAAGCAGGACACAGUUUCCCAAGAGCGAGAUAGUAUGGAGACAUUAGUUCAUCUGAUUAUUUCCCAGGAUCAUACUAUUCAUCAACAAGUCAAGAGGAUGAAAGAGCUGGAUCUGGAAAUUGAAAAGUGUGAAGCUAAAUUCCACCUCGACCGGGUAGAAAAUGAUGGAGAAAAUUAUGUUCAGGAUGCAUAUUUGAUGCCCAGUUUCAGUGAAGUUGAGCAAAAGCUAGGCUUGGAGUAUGAUGAAAACCAGAUUCUGGAGGACUUGAGAGAAAGUGAUGGAAUCAUACAGCUGGAGGAACGACUGACAUAUUACAGAAAGCUCAUUGAUAAGCUCUCUGCCGAAAUAGAAAAAGAGGUAAAAAGUGUUUGCACGGAGAUAAACGAAGAUGCAGAAGGGGCAGCUGCAAGUGAACUUGAAAGCUCUAAUUUAGAAAGUGUUAAGUGUGAUUUGGAGAAAAGCAUGAAAGCUGGUUUGAAAAUCCAUUCUCACUUGAGUGGCAUCCAGAAAGAGAUUAAAUACAGUGACUCAUUGCUUCAGAUGAAAGCUAAAGAAUAUGAGCUCCUGGCCAAGGAGUUCAAUUCCCUUCAUAUUAGCAACAAAGAUGAAUGCCAGCUAAAGGAAAACAGAGGAAAGGAACCUGAGGUCCCCACCAGCAGUGGGGAGGUUCCCCCUUUUACUCAAAGAGUCUUUAACAUGUAUACAAAUGACACAGACUCGGACACUGGUAUCAGCUCUAAUCACAGUCAGGACUCAGAAACAGCUGUAGGAGAUGUGGUGCUGUUGUCAACAUAAUUUGAAUGGCUUCUUUCUGACCUACUUUAAUGUUGUUUGUGUUUGUUUAAUAGAAAACUUUAACUGUUCCAUUCUGGAAAAAAAACGUGAAUCAUGUUAAAGUGUUCAGUGGUUAAUAAA